AUGGCACAAGAGGACAGCUUAGCUUCUUCGUCACCGGAUGGAGACGCUCUACCUCAACUGUCUCCCUCUGAAUUCCGCAUCUACAACCGAAUGUCAGAGAAGAUGAAUCUUAUUCACAACCAGUUCCGCUUCCUGUGGACCCAACUAAAAGACUCCUGCACAACCAACAACGCACUAUACCUUCUCACAGACGACGACGACUUCAUCUUGACGGGACUGGGCUUUUGCUCCGGCCUGUCAGGUCAUCAUUCUAUCGAGGAAUGGUAUAUCUUCCCACAGCUUGCGCUGCGCAUGCCCGAGUUCACCGACGGGGAUAUCCUCAAAGAGCAGCAUAGACGGAUCCAUACGGGGUUAGUCCGAAUGGAGAAGUACCUUGAGCGCUGUGGAGAGGGGGAAAUGCAGUUGGAUCGUGCCGAGGUGAAACGCGUCAUGGAUGGGUUUGGGGAUGUGCUCUGGGAGCAUCUGAAUGAUGAGGUUGUGAUUUUGCGGGCUGAGAACAUGAGGAAGUACUGGAGUCUAGAGGAGAUGGAGAAGCUUCCAAUUUAA